GGUCAACUGUCGUUCGGUGUAGAUUUCAAUCGGUUUAGUUCACGAGGUGUGCUUAUCUUGAAUCAAACAAAGAUAAGGUGAAACUACGUUCAUCAUUUCAGACCAGAAUUAUUUAAGAAUAGCAAUGGAAGUUGUUCAAAUCCUAUGUGUAUUGAGUGUGAUUGCCUUCUCAACCGCUUUUAAACUAGCAAGUACAGACACCUGCCCAAAUACCGACGGGAUCGUUGGAAUAUGUGUAUUUGACCCAUCUAGGAACUGUAUUAAUCAAGACCAGUGUCCAUCCGGAUAUAAAUGUUGUCCGUAUGGAUGUGGUUCACAAUGCUUAGCUGUUACUGUUAAUUUCCAGCAUCUUGGGUCCUGCGAUGCCCAUAUGACAGGCACAUUGGGGGCUAAAUCAUGUGGACACGAUCAAGCAUGUCAGGUCAACGAGAAAUGUUGCAGUGGUCAUUGUGUUGCUGUUCGGAAGUUCUCUGUAAACGUUCUGAACCCAAUUACGAAUCAGUAAUAAAAGACCAGCAGCUUUGUCAUGUGACUGUUAUAUAAAAAUUCUAUACAAUUAAUUGUGCAAACAUCUAUAUUAUAAAAAUAUUA